AGUCGAGAAGCCCCGCCUCCUCAGGCGCCUGACGUUGAACCGCAGCCCCUUCUCAUUUCCACUCCCGCAGGUCUCCAUUUUCUUUCCCGAUAUUCAGGAACAGAGGAGAAAAGAUUUGGAAAAAUGAAUGAAGAAUACGACGUUAUCGUUCUGGGCACCGGACUGACGGAAUGCAUUUUGUCAGGCAUCAUGUCAGUAAAGGGGAAGAAGGUUCUGCACAUGGACCGCAACUCUUACUAUGGAGCUGAGAGUGCAUCCAUCACACCGCUUGAAGAUCUCUACAAGCGCUUCAACCUUCCUGGCAACCCUCCUGAGUCAAUGGGAAAAGGCCGGGAUUGGAACGUGGACCUCAUCCCUAAAUUCCUUAUGGCCAAUGGUCAGCUGGUUCGCAUGCUGCUCAUUACACAGGUGACUCGCUACCUGGAUUUCAAAGUGAUCGAGGGUAGCUAUGUGUACAAGGCGGGCAAAAUCUAUAAAGUCCCCUCAACUGAGACUGAGGCCCUGUCAUCAAGUCUGAUGGGGUUGUUUGAGAAACGGCGCUUCAGAAAGCUCCUGAUCUUCAUUGCCAACUUUGAUGAGAAUGACCCCAAAACCAUGGAGGGUGUCGACCCCCACAAGACGACAAUGAGGGCCAUUUUCCAAAAGUUUAACCUCGACCAGGAAGUCAUGGACUUUACUGGCCACUCCCUUGCCCUCUACCGCACAGAUGAAUACCUGGAUCAACCUUGCAUUGAAACGAUAAACAGGAUAAAGCUUUACAGUGAGUCCCUGGCCAGAUAUGGCAAGAGCCCAUACCUCUACCCACUGUAUGGUCUGGGAGAACUGCCACAGGGCUUCGCCAGGCUGAGUGCCAUCUAUGGUGGGACAUAUAUGUUGAACAAGCCCAUUGAUGAGAUUGUGGUGGAGAAUGGGAAAGUGGUGGGAGUGAAGUCCGAGGGAGAGAUCGCCAGGUGCAAGCAGCUGAUCUGCGACCCCAGUUAUGUUAUGGAUCGCACCAAAAAAGUGGGUCAGGUGAUCAGAGUCAUCUGCAUCUUGAGUCACCCCAUUGCCAACACCGGCGGCAUCAACUCCUGCCAGAUCAUUAUCCCCCAGAAUCAGGUCAACAGGAAGCACGACAUCUACGUUUGUAUGAUCUCCUUUGCUCACAACGUGGCAGCACAGGGUAAAUACAUCGCCAUCGCCAGCACUACAGUGGAGACAAACGACCCUGAGAAAGAGAUCAAGCCAGCCCUGGACCUACUGGAACCCAUCGAGCAGAAGUUUGUCAGCAUUAGUGACCAGUAUGCACCCACUGACAUGGGCACGGACAGCCAGAUUUUCAUCUCCCGUUCAUACGAUGCCACAACUCACUUUGAGACCACCUGUGAUGACAUCAAGGACAUCUUCCGGAGGAUGACUGGCUCAGAAUUUGACUUUGCCGAGAUGGAGCGCGGGAAGCAGGACAUCUUCGGUGAUGCCGCAGAGUAGAAGCAUCGGCAACACUCCUGAUUAUCAAAGACAACGCUGCCGACUGAAAUCUUACAAAAAUAGAAAACCUACACAAAAAUGUACACACCAAUGGGCUGGCUGAUUAUCCAAGUACAUGGUUUGCCCAUUCAGGAAAUUCAUGAUAUAUAGAGAGAUAUGAUAUAGAAUUGUUGGAUAGGGUUCAGGGAGGGAGCUAUGCUUUUUCAAAUCACAUUCACAGCAAUGUUUUAUUCAGCACUGGUUAUGCCUAAUAUACAGUUAUACCCUUCAUUCUGCUGCUUCAUCGUGGUAAGAUGGUGCAUAGUCCAAAGAUGCCAAAUAAAAUGAUAAUUCAUUAUCAGUAUCUUACAGGGUGGGUGUGUAUGUAGAGGGAAACCCAAUUUUUCUGUUAUUGUAUAAAAGGUGUUUGGAAGAUAUCUCAUAUCUGCACAUAAGUUAUUUUUUCUCUGCAGGUAUUUUUCCUUGUCAGGAUGUGAGGAGAAAUGGCUUGGUUUUGUGCCCCUGAAUAAAAUCAUGUGAGUAGCGGAAGGUUCUUUGCAGGUUGUGGCGACUUGAGCACACCCAUCAACAGCAGACAGCUAUGUGAGGUGGUACCUCAGCCACCAACUUAAAUUGUCAUAUUUUGUGUAAUAAAAUGAUUUAGGGGUGUGUGUGGGCUUGAUAUUUUUGUGUCUUUACCCCCAUGUUGUCUAAUCUCCAGCACAGCCAGACAGUAUACUGUAAACCAAGCCACAAGGUGACUAUAGUCCAGCAUAAUCUACCUGAACCCGUUUUCAACAGUCAGUUAAUAUAACGCAUAAGUGGAGAUGUAUUAGUUCUUGUAUUAUGCAAAAAAGAUGGAGAGCCCGAGCAUUAACAGCAGAUUGAUGGGAAGUGUGGUUGACUGUAAUUGCUUAAGAAGGACCAAAUGUGUACUGCAGCAGUAUUGAAUUGAUGAGAGCCCUGUGAUAUCUUCUGUUUUGAAUAACUCUUAAAAACCAUCAUGGGCUCAAAUGAUUUCUGUACUGCAAAGUAAAAAAAACUUUGUCAAAAAUAAAGACCGUGUUUGAUUAA